AAGCGUAAAAAAACAAUUAUCGCGUGUUGUGUAGAUAGAUGAAACAAAUACGUUUUGUGAAAUACUAGUUCAGUGGGGACAUGAGCAGAUGUUACAGAGCUGAGAGAUAACUCCAAGAGUGCUUAUAUCAGUUGCAAGUUGGGAAAUUCAAGAGCCGCCCGAGAAGCUCGUACAAGAGAGAAUUGAGUGACCGAUACGCAUCGAGCCCAGUACAGAAGAGAGAGAUACAGGUUUGUCGAGGUUCUGGACAUAUAAAGGCAUGGCACAGUGGUUGGGGCGUGCAGCGGUGGUGACGGGAGCAGGUUCGGGGUUCGGCGAGGCCAUCACGCGAAGCCUUGCUAGAAUCGGGAUGAGGAUACUUGCAACCGACGUCAACGUCGAUUCUGUUGAGAGAGUAGCCGAGUCGGUGAAGACCAGUGGCGUGUCGGGGGAGGUCAUCGUCAUGGAGUGCGACGUCGCCAACGAGUCUGCAGUCAAGAGCAUGUACGCAAACGCCGAGAACAAGUUCGGUGGUGUCGACGUCAGCGUGCAGUGCGCUGGUCUCUCGAGGGCCGCACCCCUCCUCUCUGGCGAUACUAACGAUUGGAAGAUCAUGCAAGAGGUGAAUGUUUUAGGAACGCUCUACUGCUGUCGAGAAGCCGUCAACUUGAUGAAGAAGAAUGGAGUCGAUGAUGGCGUCCUAAUUAAUCUAGUCAGUCUUGCCGCAUACAAGUGGACACCGAACAGUGACAUGCACUUCUACGGAGCGACCAAAGUGAUGCUUAUGGCCAUCCAAGAGGGCUUCAGACAGGAGCUCAGAGGAAUCAACUCCAACAUUAGAAUAUCGGGUAUAUCACCUGGACAAGGGAAUACUGGUUUCUAUUCCGGCAUGUUCGGAGAUGUUUCGAAAUCUUCGGUUCCUCUUCUCGAAAAGCAACUCGAGGCUGAAGAUAUAGCAGAUGUAGUGGAAUACAUUCUAAACACUCCUAAACAUGUACAGAUUCAUGAUGUUCUGCUACGCCCCGUCACACAGCCAUAAUAACAAUCCAAGGACCCACUGCAAAUCUUCUCAAUUAAAAAAAAAAUGUAAUUGUUUUUAUACUUUUUUUAAAAAAUGUUAAAAGUGGGUAUUUAAGGGAUUUUGGCAAUCUUUAAUUAUCAUACAAGGGUGUUGUCAAAAAAGGUGGUUAUUAGUUAGUUAUAUUAAUUAAAAUUAUAGUAUUUUAAUUGUAGAAAAGACUAUUUGAAAAUUUCCAUGAUAAUUGGUUGGGUUCGGAAAUAUUGUAGUAUAGCUUUAACAUUUCUUGAUUUAAUGCAUUUUGAAUAAUAAGAUUGUUCUUAUGAAUCUAAUAACUGAGAUGAAUUUAUCGAAAUUUAACGAAAUACCUGUAAACAUGAUUAUUUAAUAAGAAAUCAAAAUUUGAAAACAUGGCUGCAUUUAAGAACAUCUGUCACGUCUAGUUUUUACUUUUUGAUAAGAAGAUGUUUCCUAAUAAUCAUAAUUCACAGUUGCUAUAGUGUUUAUUGCACUAGCAAUCAUUGUGAUAACGAGGUGUGCCACAUUUCGGCCAUUUUUGUUCUUGCCCGAAAGCCAAAUACUGACUAUACCUCAUAUAGUUAUGCAAUAAGUGUAGCCUUAUCACAGGAUGUCUAGCUCUUUUUUUUUAUGAAAUCGAAAACAGCAGAUGGUAUUGUUCUUACCAGGUCUGUAAA